AGGCCAAUAUAUUGCACAAAGCUAUCCUGGCCAAUUCAGCUCGUGAAGUAUGGCUGCUGUAACUCUAACUUCUGUUUCAACUGUUUCUCCAGCAACAGCAGGGAGGCAACAAUCUUGGGCAGCUCUUUCCAAUCACAAGAGCUUCUUCUAUGUCAAGGAUGUCUACUACUUUAAACCCAGCUGUAAGAGUCCCUUUGCUCUCGUCGUGGAAGAGCUCAAGCAGUCCCUUGCGAGCGCUCUAAGUGUAGAAGAGUACUCUUUCCUGGCAAAAGCACAGGUGGUGUUGACCAUCGCUCACGCCAUUGCAAGGUUUGACGAUUGGGAGAGCAUGGAUCGCUGCUCCAUCCGAGACGAGCUUUGCAAGAUUGAUGAGUGCUCUGACGGAUCACCAGUGUGCCGGAUCCAGGUGACACGAUUUAGCUGUGGUGGAAUUGCAAUUGGAUUUGCCGUCUUGGAUGGGUUGGCAUCCUCAGCACUCCAGUUUCCAAAGUGGUGGGCCGAAGUCAAUCGUGGUACGACCAUGUCAACGCCGGAGAGUGGUGGUGAUUUAGAGGCGACGUCGAGUGGUUUAGUGAAGUUGGCCAAAGCGGCCAGUGCAACCAUUGGCAAUCCUGUCAAGCGAGAGGUUUUGGUGAUCAAUCCUUGCAAAGUGGACGACCUGGUCCGUGAGAUUGGUGGUACGCCUCUCGAGGCCACAUCGGCAUUGAUUUUACAGUGCAUGACCAACAAGGAUGCCACCAACAAGCAUGUCAGCGAGGUCAAGCACUGUGGAAAAGAUGUUACUUGUGUCAGCAUUCCUGCCUAUGAGACUGAUUUCGGGUGGGGAAAGCCGGUUCACUAUUCUCCGUGGAUUGGAGAUGGAAUGGUAUUCAUUCUUCCCAGGGAAGAAGAAGAGGGAACGGCUAUGGAGGUGCAAAUGUCCCAGGAGCAAAUGGAAAGGCUGCUCAAGAAUGCGACUUUAUUUGCGACUAGUAGCACAAGAAAGAAAGGCGGCAAAGUUGUUAUUUUGGAUUCCAUUGAUACCAUCGUCCCUGCAAUCCCCACAAAGCAGCCAUGCUGGGUAUCCCUCACUAACUUGGACAAGAUGCUCUUCAAGAACUCGUACCUGAAGUCUGUGCACUUCUACAAAACCAGUUCCAGUAUUGACAGCUUCAAUCAUAUGGUCUCCAAGAUCAAGGAUUCCCUGUCCAAGGUUCUGGUGGAUCACUACGUGUUUGCCGGGAGACUCCAGGAGAACGAGUGCGGGGAGAAGGCAGUGAAUUGUAAUGAUGCCGGGAUCACGCUGAGAGUUGCGCACACUCUAGCGAGGCUGGACGAGUGGGAGGACUCCAUCGAGGAGGAGCUGAAUGCGCCUGAGUGGCUGAUUGAAAAUAUUCCAGAGGCGCCAUUCUUCCAUAUGCAGGCAAGUUGA